AUGAGGGGUUUACAGCCCUGGGCCCGAUAUGGGUUCCUGGUUGUAGCCCACCUGCUGGCCCUGGGACUUGGGGCUGUGGUACUCCAGGCCCUGGAGGGGCCUCCAGCACACCGGCUUCAGGCUGAGCUCAGGGCUGAGCUGGCUACCUUCCAGGCAGAGUACGGGGCCUGCCUCCCACCUGGAGCACUGGAGGAGUUGCUAGGUGCUGCCCUGGCAGCCCAGGCACAUGGGGUCUCCAGCUGGGGCAACAACUCAGAGGCCAGGAACUGGGAUUUGCCCUCGGCCCUGCUCUUCACUGCCAGCAUUCUCACCACCACUGGUUAUGGCCACAUGGCCCCACUAACAGCAGGUGGAAAGGCCUUCUGUAUGGUCUAUGCAGCCCUGGGGCUGCCAGCCUCCCUAGUGCUCGUAGCCACCCUGCGCCGCUGCCUGCUGCCCAUGUUCAGCCGCCUAGGUGCCUGGGUAGUGGUCCCCUGGCAGCUAGCACCAGCCAGGGCUGCACUGCUGCAGGCAGCUGGGCUGGGCCUGCUGGUGGCUGGCACCUUCGUGCUGCUGCCAGCACUGGUACUGUGGGGGCUACAGGACAACUGCAGCCUGCUGGAGGCCAUCUACUUCUGCUUCAGCUCCCUCAGCACCAUUGGCCUGGGAGACUUGCUGCCCAGCCAUGGCAGCAGUCUGCAUCCAGUGAUUUACCACCUUGGUCAACUCGCACUUCUUGGAUACUUGCUCCUAGGGCUCCUAGCCAUGUUGCUGGCCAUGGAGACCUUCUCAGAGCUCCCGCAGGUCCGUGCCAUGGUGAAGUUCUUCGGGUCUAGCGACCCUUUGACUGCUGAGGACCAGGAUGGCAUCCUGGGUCAGGAUGAACUGGCUCUGGGCACCCUGCCACCCACAGCUCCAGCCUCAGAACAGGCCCCAGCUUGCUGACAGGUGUUGGAUGACCGAGUUCAGCUCUUUUAAUGAACCUGCGGAGGAAGCCUUUCCUCCGGGAGUGGCUGGAGAAGAAUCUGGAGAUGGGCGUGGGGUGGGGUGCAUGUGAGAACCUCAGGGGAUAAUGUGUUACUAAAAAAUAAAAUGGAGCAACAACCUCAAGCGUGUUUUCACAUCUUUGAAAUGGGACUUGCCUACUGCCACCAUCCUUGAAAGGCCCAGG